AUCAUCCUUUUUCCCAUCCAUCCAUCGCCGCAUCUUCUCCCAUUCAUCUGCCAUCUCGCAGGAGGAAGUUGGAGUUUUCCUGAUUCUUUCCGUCACCUUUGUUUUCGUCUCUUCUGGUCGUUUGUCGCAGGUUGACCAACUCCCAUAUUCCCUCAUUCAUCACAUCUAUCGGGGCCAUCAUUAUGCGGUCCGUUAUCGCUCUCUCUGUGGCGGCCGUCGCCCAGGCCAGCUCGUUCCAGGUUGGCACCAUCCACGAGAGCUCUGCUCCCGUCCUCAGCAAUAUUGAGGCCAACGCCAUUCCGGACAACUACAUCAUCAAAUUCAAGGACCACGUUGAUGAGGCUGGUGCCGACAAGCACCACAACUGGAUCCAGAGCAUCCACGAUGAAGGCGAGCAGCAGCGCCUUGAGCUCCGCAAGCGAAGCAGCAUCUUUGGAGCCGAUGAGGCCUUUGAUGGCCUGAAGCACACCUUCAAGAUUGGUGACUUCAAGGGCUAUGCUGGUCACUUCGCCGAGGACAUCAUCGAGCAGGUCCGGAACCACCCGGAUGUCGAGUACAUUGAGCGCGACACCAUUGUCCACACUAUGCUUCCUCUCGACACAAAGGAUAAUGUCAUUAUUCAGGACUCCUGCAACCCCGAGACCGAGAAGCAGGCUCCCUGGGGCUUGGCUCGUAUCUCUCACCGAGACACUCUGGGCUUCGGCACCUUCAACAAGUACCUCUACUCUGCUGACGGUGGCGAGGGUGUUGAUGCCUAUGUUAUUGACACUGGUACCAACAUUGAGCACGUCGACUUCGAGGGCCGUGCCAAGUGGGGCAAGACUAUCCCAGCCGGCGACGAGGAUGAGGAUGGCAACGGCCACGGCACUCACUGCUCUGGCACUGUUGCUGGUAAGAAGUACGGUGUUGCCAAGAAGGCCCAUGUAUACGCCGUCAAGGUUCUCCGAUCUAACGGCUCUGGCACCAUGUCUGACGUCGUAAAGGGCGUCGAGUACGCCGCCAUCUCUCACAAGGAGCAAGUUGAGCUGGCCAAGGCUGGCAAGCGAAAGGGCUUCAAGGGCUCAGUCGCCAACAUGUCCCUUGGUGGUGGCAAGACCUCUGCUCUCGACGCUGCCGUCAACGCUGCCGUCAAGGCCGGUGUUCACUUCGCCGUCGCUGCCGGUAACGAUAACGCUGAUGCCUGCAACUACUCUCCCGCUGCCGCCUCUGAGCCCGUCACCGUCGGUGCCUCUGCCCUUGACGACAGCCGUGCUUACUUCUCCAACUACGGCAAGUGCACUGACAUCUUCGCCCCCGGCUUGAGCAUCCAGUCCACCUGGAUUGGCUCCAAGUAUGCCGUCAACACCAUCUCUGGUACCUCCAUGGCCUCUCCUCACAUUGCCGGUCUCCUGGCCUACUACCUGUCUCUCCAGCCCGCUGGCGACUCUGAGUUCGCUGUUGCUCCCAUCACCCCCAACAAGCUCAAGAAGGACCUCAUCUCCAUUGCCACCCAGGGUACCCUGUCUGAUAUCCCCUCUGACACCCCCAACCUGCUUGCCUGGAACGGUGCUGGCUGCAGCAACUACUCUCAGAUCAUCGAGGCCGGCGGCUACAAGGCCAAGGCCAAGGCCCAGAAGCAGAGCAAGCUCCCCGCUACCAUUGAAGAGCUUGAGGAGGCCAUCGAGGGUGACUUUGAGGUUGUCUCCGGCAAGAUUGUCAAGGGUGCCAAGUCAUUUGGCUCCAAGGCUGAGAAGUUUGCCAAGAAGAUCCACGAUCUCGUCGAGGAGGAGAUUGAGGAGUUCAUCUCUGAACUCUCCGAGUAAGAAUCUUUAUUAAGCAUAUAUUUUCUUUUUUUUUAUUUGUAAUGGCCAUAAUGCGCCGAUGAGUACAUCGAGUACGAAGGGUUAUGGAACGGGACCAGGAGAGACUUUGUUUUUUUGGGUAAUUGGCAUGCACUUUGGGCGUGAAGCCACUGAAUUUAGUAUCGGCUUUCCUCUUUACUUCGUAUUCUACUGCUUUGUAACACCUACGUUUGUCAGACAGAAUGCUUAUACAGGAG